GGCGCGCGCCCUCCCGGCGGCGGGGCUGCGGACUCGCGCCGGCCGGGGCCGCAGCGCUGCUGGCCGGGGCGAGCUGCCUGUGCUACGGCCGCUCCCUGCAGGGCGAGUUCGUGCACGACGACGUGUGGGCGAUCGUGAACAACCCCGACGUGCGGCCGGGAGCCCCGCUCCGCUGGGGCAUCUUCACCAACGACUUCUGGGGCAAGGGCAUGGCCGAGAACACCAGCCACAAGUCCUACCGGCCGCUCUGCGUCCUCACCUUCAAGCUGAACAUAUUUUUGACUGGCAUGAACCCAUUCUACUUCCAUGCGGUGAAUGUGAUUCUGCACUGUCUCGUGACCCUCGUCCUCAUGUACACCUGUGACAAAGCUGUCUUCAGGAACCGAGGCCUCGCUUUUGCUACCGCGUUGCUUUUUGCGGUGCAUCCUAUUCACACAGAGGCGGUGGCUGGAAUUGUUGGCAGAGCUGAUGUGUUAGCAUGCCUGCUGUUUCUGUUGGCCUUUCUCUCCUACAAUAGGAGCGUGGACCAGCAUCAUGUUGGGGAAUGUUUCCCUCCCACCACUUCUCCCUUCUUCUUGCUGCUCAGUUUGUUUCUGGGGACCUGUGCGAUGCUGGUGAAAGAGACAGGCAUCACGGUGUUUGGAGUGUGCUUGGUGUAUGAUUUCUUUUCCCUAUCCCACAAGCAGGAGAAAUCUGCCACUUGCACAGUUAGGAGCAAUGGGGUCAUCCAUCAGCGCGGCCCACAGCAGCCUGCGAGCCCUCAGCCCCCCUCGCUGCCCGCGCACCCUCACCGGGAGAACGGGAAGCAGCAUCGAUUUCCUCACCGAGGAGCUUGGGGUGGCUGCCACUCCCCGUCGCCACCAGAACCUAAGAGCAGUGGAUUCCCAGUGUCUCCUCGAGCUGUGUGGUCCCUGAUGAGGUAUCUGACAGCAAGGAGCAAUAGAAAUUUCCUGCUUACCAUGAGGCCAUUCUUAAAAAGGGCCGCUUUGGUCAUAAGUUAUGUGAUUGUCAUUUUGUACUUCCGUCUGUGGCUCAUGGGAGGAUCUAUGCCCCUCUUUUCAGAGCAGGAUAAUCCAGCUUCAUUUUCGCCUUACAUUCUUACGAGGUUCCUUACCUAUUCCUACCUCUUGGCCUUCAACGUGUGGCUUCUGCUUGCACCUGUUACCCUGUGCUAUGACUGGCAGGUCGGCAGUAUUCCUCUGGUAGAGACCAUAUGGGACGUGCGGAACUUAGCCACCAUCCUUCUGGCAGUUGUGAUGACCUUACUGAGCCUUCAUUGUUUAGCAGCCUUCAAGAGACUGGAGCACAAGGAAGUUUUAGUGGGCUUGGUGUUCCUGGUUUUCCCGUUCAUUCCGGCCAGCAAUCUCUUCUUCAGGGUGGGUUUUGUGGUGGCGGAGAGAGUCCUUUACAUGCCUAGCAUGGGCUACUGUAUCCUCUUCGUGCACGGACUGAGGAAGCUCUGCACUUGCCUGAAUCGAUGGGGGGCCACCACCCUGACCGUGUGCACUGCGCUGCUGCUGUUGCUUUUCUCCUGGAAAACGGUGAAGCAGAAUGAAAUUUGGCUGUCGAGAGAGUCCCUGUUCAGGUCUGGAGUUCAGACUCUGCCCCACAACGCCAAGGUUCACUACAACUACGCCAACUUCCUGAAGGACCAGGGUCGGAACCGGGAAGCCAUCUACCACUACAGAACAGCCCUCAGGUUGUAUCCUCGCCACGCAAGUGCCCUGAACAACCUUGGAACACUGACGAGAGACACAGCGGAGGCAAAGAUGUACUAUCAGAGGGCUCUCCAGCUAAAUCCACAGCACAACCGGGCUCUUUUCAAUCUCGGCAAUCUCCUCAAGUCCCAGGAGAGAAAAGAAGAGGCCAUCAACUUACUGAAGGACUCCAUUAAAUACGGUCCCGAGUUUGCAGAUGCGUAUUCUAGCUUAGCGUCCUUGUUGGCCGAGCAGGAGAGAUUUAAGGAGGCUGAGGAGAUAUACCAGGCUGGAAUAAAGAACUGUCCAGACAGCUCAGACUUACACAACAACUAUGGGGUUUUCUUAGUUGAUACUGGCUCUCCAGAGAAGGCAGUGGCCCAUUACCAACAGGCCAUCACACUCAGCCCAAGUCAUCACGUGGCCAUGGGGAAUCUGGGGAGGCUCUACAGGUCCUUGGGAGACAACAGUGUGGCUGAAGAGUGGUACAAACGUUUUUCUUCAUCUCAUCUACAUUCUGUCUUGCUUUCAAACCUGUUGCAGGCACUCGAUGCUAUCGACAAGGCUCUCCAGCUGAAACCAAAGGACCCAAAAGUCAUAUCUGAACUUUUUUUCACAAAGGGAAACCAACUAAGAGAGCAGAAUCUUCUGGAUAAGGCUUUUGAGAGCUAUAAAGCCGCCGUGGAGCUAAAUCCAGAUCAAGCCCAGGCCUGGAUGAACAUGGGUGGAAUCCAGCACAUCAAGGGAAACUAUGUAUCCGCAAGAGCUUAUUAUGAGAGAGCCUUACAGCUGGUUCCAGACAGCAAACUGCUGCAGGAAAAUCUCGCCAAGUUGGAUCGCCUAGAGAAACGAUUACAAGAAGUUCGAGAAAAGGAUCAAACAUAGCGUUUGACCCAGUCUUGAGGGAGAGUGCUGGUGCCUUUGGAAGAGGAAGAAGUGAUGGAGGCCUUCACAUCAGCAGGGGCACAACAGAGAAGCUUUCCGCUCGCUCUGAGUUCAGGGAGGCACAUUUUGGGACGCCCGCUGGUAACCCUGUGCUGAGGGACUUGCAUUUCCAUGGAAGAAGACAGAAAGAGCAAGCAAGGGCUAGGUCUGAGAGGAAGUAAAACAACUACUACACAUUUUGCAGAUUUUUAUUGGCUUUAAUUCCAGAUUUCCCUUCGUCUGUUUCUCCUCUUUUCCAACCUAAGAAUCUAAUUCCAUCUCUUAGUGUAGACUUUUAUGUCCCAGAAAUGCAGAGGCUUGAAAUGCUGCGAAGGCAGAGCAGCCCUUUUCUGAGAUAAGAUAGGUCAAAGAGGAAAAAAAUCUGGGAUAAACCAUUUGGGUAAUUCCACCAAGAGGUAGCUCAUUUAGUUCUCCAGAGCUAGAGAUGAGCAUCUAAUAGUUUUUGUAGAAUCUUCUAGAAUAUAUGGGGGAAAGGGCUAUUGUUAUGUGAGCUUUGUCUAAUAUCCCCCCGAGGAUACUGCUAGAGCCCAAUUGAAGAGUGAAUUAAAUUCCACUCUGAUGCAAGCUUUUCCCAUUGCCUGAUAUAACAAAAAGGAAGCUUCUGGAACUGUGUAUGGGUAUUCUUAUCCCUGGGGGAAAAUCAAGGAUCUUGAUCCUAAUUCUUUAUGGAAAUGUUUAAGAUUAUUUUAAUUUUAUUACAAGUAUUACUAGAGUAGUGGUUCUGCUCUAAGAUUUCAAAAGUGCUUUUAGAAUCAUAAAUGUUUCUGACUCCACAUAUAUUGUUAUUUUGGUGGAGAAAAAAAUAGUAUAUUCUACAUGAGAAAUAUUAAAGAUAUUAACUAAGAGACAUGUUCUACUUUGUUAUCUUAACAUUCAGUCAUUCAGAGAUUUAUUAUUUUUUUUGAAAACUAUAUUUAACCAUUGAAAACUCUGUACAAUGUAUCACAAAAAGCUUCAUAGACUAUAAAGAGAUGGAAGAGGAGCUCUCCUGAUUUGUCUACCAAGGCUGAAUGAGAAUUCUAUGCUUUAGAACAUGAGUGAUGGAAAUCUGGAGUUCUCGGUUCUGUAUUUAUAAUUUUAGAGAUUUCAUGGAGAAUGCUCAAAAAAUCUAGGGGGGGAAAGUCUAAAUUCAUAAUUUUAAAUAUAUAUAUUUAUAUUUAAAAGAUAGAGGCCAGCAGAGUUGAACUUACAAUUUGACAUUUGUUUUUUAGUGUUAUUUAUUUCAUAACUUAAAAAAUAUUUAAUAUAUAUAUACACACACAUUUUUUCUCUGUACAUAGUGUUUUUAAUAGCAGCGUUCAGAACUGAUCAUACAAAAUUUACCAAUCUGAAUUACAAAGUAAAGUUUUAACAGCCCCUCAAAAAUUUUGUAUUGGUUAUUCACUUGCUAAAGAUGAAGGAAUUAGGAAGCGGACUUCAGUGUUUGGGUGGUAAUAUAUCUUGGAAGUGAGAGGUCGGGACACCUGAUUCUAAUUUGGUCAUCAUCAUAAAUUUUUCAAAAAAGAAGAGGAGGAGGAGGAACCCCUCUGGAGAGUGCUGUUUGCAGGCUAAGCCAGGGGGCCUGCAGAUGUAGUAGCCUGAAGGCGUGUGGAUUUCACUGCUCGGGCUAGGGCAGGGUAAAAAGCCUACUUCUUUUCAACACUGCCCCUCUGUGUUAUUUUUUUGACAAGGUAAGUCUAGUUAGAAGAACUUCUUUGGAGAGGGAUGAUGCAAGGACUAUUUUAAAUGCAAAGGAUUCCGGAUUUUGAAUUAGCAUACGUGUGUGUGUGCGCCAGUAAUCUAACAGUGGAUACAUUGCCACUAUGAUCUUCUGUUUCUAAUAGUCUCUUAACCUUAUGUAUCAUAAAUUUACCUAAAAUUUCAUUUAAAAUAUUUUCAUUCUCCUCAAAAUUAUACUUUUAUAGUCCCAAGGCCAAGAAAUGUACUACGGUGUUCAUUUUAAAUGAUCAGUUCACCCCCAAGUUGAAAAAAACAUGAAGCCCUAGCUAAAAACAGUAUCUGAGACUUUAAUCACAGCUUUUUAGAAUAAUCCGUAACCAAAACUCAGACUUAGGAAGUUAAUGGAAAAGACUAAGCCCCAAUUUUUGAAAAGCAAUUAUGCCUUACAUGAAGUGCUGCUAAAAGUAUGAGGGUAUAUUAGUGGGAAUGGCUGAAAUGGGGGUUACAGCCUAAAAGUUUCUGAAGGAAGGGGUCACAUGGCCUUCAGGAGACUUGUUCUACCUUCUUUUGGGUGCUUUUCUCUCUCCUCAUGUCUUUCUACCUCUCUGUCUCUCUCUCCCUCCCUCCCUUCUUCUCCCCACGCCUCCCAAUCUCCCUUCAUUCUGCCUCCCCCGCUUUCUUACUGUCUCUCUGGCUCAUUCUGUGUGCACACACUGGCAUCUCUUUGAGCAUGAAAAGUAAGCACUGUUCAUUGGGUCAGAUAUUUUUAUCCUGAUUUAAUAAUGUCACUGAGAUGUAGCCAAUGAAAUAGUUUUCAUAGUUAAAUGGUGCCUAUAAGAAAAUAAAUCACAUGUUAUUUUUCAAAGAUAUUAAGUAUAUUUUAUAACUAUUUUUAUUUGGUUCUUGUAACAUGAAAUAAUAGGUGGAAUUCAUUCUUAUCAAUAAAAACAGUCAUGGAGAUCUAUCCAGAUUCCCCUAAUAAAAGCGUGCGUGGCAGGACAGUUGAUGGCCCCUUUCUGAGAUGGACUUGCAGAGCCCACUUCAUGGGCUUAGGCAGUUCCCGUGGGCCCUCGGGGGUCCUGCACUCAGAAGCCCCCUGUGCUUGGUUGAAGGCUCUGCUUGAAAUUCUUAAUAAUUUUUGAACGAGCGGUCCCGCAAUUCCAUUUUGCACUGGAUCCUUAAAUAUGUAGGGUGUCAUCAGUAGGAGGGAAGUUGGCCAAGGACAAGACAGGAGUGGCUGUAGUCUGGCUGAACACUGGAUCCAGUGAUCAGAGUUUCAGUUGUGACUGUGUCCCUCUCAGCAGCACUUGCUUCAUUUUCUCAGCUAUGUAUAGAGUUCCUUGUGGACACAUGUCCCUGACUUACUGCUAGUCUAUCUAACCUGUCCUUCUGUCCUACCUAGAACCCGUCCUCCUUGCCUUUAAAAUUCCCAGUAAGUGGCAGUCCUUUGACAUCGGAGCCAUGAGAAUGGCUUCACAAGUUUUUUUUAACCUUAAGAAUCCUUUAGGGUUUUUUAAGUGAUCCAGAUGUUUUCAAUCUGUUAACGGUAUUCGUAAAACACGGUUCAGCCAUGUAAUGUAGGUAAACUAAACCAAAGAUUCAAAUACCUAGGAGGAGAAGAAAUUUUAUUGUAGGGAACCCUGAGAUAUAUUCUUUCGGGUCUCUUUGUUUUGAAGUUCACCACAAAACAGAGAGGAUCACCAGCACUUGCAUGACAGCUUCCGGCGGUACGACAAAGCCCCUAGCAUGAGACUGCGACGUUUGUCACAGGUCAUACCUUGCUCGAUGCAGGGGUUUGUAGCCAUUACGCCGUGCUUUUCAACAAGACUAAAUGAGAAAAUCCAAACUGUUCCAUACAAACCGACCCACAGAAACUGUAAUUUGAGGGGGAAUAAAAAUACAUGUAUGAUUUCUUAUUGUCUCUACUAAACACUUCAGGCGCCUCAGAUCGAAGAGCCAGAUUCACCUGAUAGUUGAGGACUGUUCCUUCACACACACACGGGCUCUCAAGCCUGGCCAGACUGCGGGAUCACCUGGGGCCCCUUGGCCGUCUCUGAGAUGCUGGGUGCCCGGGUUCAGACGCUGAUAUGCAGUGAGGCUGGAGAACUGCAACAGGCUAACAACUUUAAUAGGACUUUUAUGACUUUUAUAAUCUUUCUUGAUUUUUAUUUUUAAAUCUAGAAGAAAAUGAGCCAAAGAAUUCUAAAAAAUAAUUUCUGGCACAGUGGAUUGGUUGAGACUGUUGUUUCAAGAUUGACAGGUGGGUUGGGUGGAAUGGUUUGCACUUGUGGCAAUUGGACUAUAAUUUGACCUUACGUUUUCAGAAUUCUUGGUUCUCAGAUGGAGAGGAAUUACCAUUUGUAUACAACAGACAAGGCACCAGUACGUAAAGCUCAUGGAAGGUGUUCACGGCAAUAGAGUGUGUGCCUAGACUUAUGUCUCUGUUUUUGAUUACACACGUCAACUUUUGUUAAUUACUUCUUCUUGUACUCAUUAGAAGCCUUUUUUGAGGGAAAAAUAAAACUUUUGACCUGAUGUGUGAAGGAUUUGCAUCUUAGAUUUAUAAAUCUAUAGGGCAUUGGUAACAAUAAUCAAAGCAAAUGUAGUUAUGGGUGGUUGGUUUGUUUUUAAUUUUUCACCUAGUUUCCAAAUCACAUUUACUUUGAUUAAAUUGCAUGUUGCUAUCUCCCAAAAAUCGCAAAACAUAACUAUCUGACAUCUUUUGGCAUUUAAAAAAAAGAAAUACCUGUCAAAUCUUGCAUUUAGGCUGCAACUGAGUAAGAUAAAAGCAUACAAUGCCAAAUUAUACCUUUUUAUGAUUCUUCUUGAAGCUUUGAUGUAAAAGACAAACACAUUGAACAGUUCUUCAUAAAAUAGCACUUCCUUCAUUAUUUUUGUUUUUAGUAGCCGUUAAUUUAAAGAGAAGAAAUAAAAUAACUACAACCAAGGGAGUGCUUCAAUAUCAGCAAAACAGAGGGACCACAGAAUUGAUGAUUUUCCUGUCUAUCAAAUGGCUCAUACAAAAAUGUGCUAUGUUUAUCACCAAAGAUCUUUCAGUUAAAACCUUUUAGGGCAUGUAGCUCAAAAAAUCAGCAUCCAUCACGAUAAUGGUCAUUUUAAGUUCGUAAGUUUAGAUCACCAUUUACCCCAAAAUGGAAAAAGAUAUGUCUAUGUCCAGAAAUCCCAUCAAGAAUGGGAGUUUCUUCCCAUUCUCAGCAGUGCAAGUGGUGUAUAUUUAUAUCACGUAUGGAAGUUUCCAAUGUGCAUAACAUCCUUUGGGGUUGUCUUGCUGGCCCAGAGGAGGGGUACGCCAGUCCAAGCAUCAGAAAAUCUGGGUGGUGGUCCUGUUUGGCCACGGAGGAACUGCCUCACCCUGGGCAGGUUACCAAGUGUCUCAGCUCGUCUGUCACCCAGGGAGGGACUGGUUAGUUCCCUGGAACUAUCAAGCUCUGUGUGUCUCCUGAAACCAGAUUGAAAGCCCUCUACCUCUGAAGAGAUGACUGAUUAGUGUUGCCCUUCAUUUUAGAAAUUAAGAUAAUCACCGCCACAAAACACAUACACACACAAC